AUGGCUCUGAGCAGCAAGCUGCUGAUGCUCUCAAACGGCAUUUAUGGGCAGAACAUGGAAAGCAGAAUAACAUCAUUUGCUGUCAACAGCAGCAGCACCAGGAGCUCUCAUAAUACAGAGAUGACUGCAAUGAAAACAUUUGGCUCCUUUCGCCCCACGAUUAAAACGUUGUUUUCACUAGCGCAUGGGGAGGUAAUACGGUCCCUGCUUAUAGCUCUACAUCUGGGCUUACUCACAUGAAUUUGCAGGAAAAUAAGCUGCCUUAUACCAUCAGGUCAUUGGUCCCUCAAGCUCAGGACUGUCUACUCUGGCUGGCAGCAGCACUGCAGUGUUUCAGAAAGGGAGUCUUUGCGUGGCGAGUUCCCGCUUCCCCCCAUUGGAAAUAAAGACAUGUGACACAUCAUUUUAGGUUAAUGGGCUAAAAAUGGCCACAACUUUAUUGGUUACAGGUGAUGAGAGGUAUUGGCUUAGGCAUUGGUCCUAUCGACUAUCCGGCUUCAGCCUGAUUGCUUGAAGACUGGGAAGGGUUAACCGCCAGCAGGGGGAGUCCUGCUGAUGCACAUCAACUAGGAGCUCCCCCGGGGUCACCGCUUGGGGGCGUGCCUUAGGCCCUUACCUCCAUAGGCUUCGGACAGGGCCACGCCCCCCGGAAUCCUUUACCGGACUACCCUUCGCAAUCCGGGGGAGGUGAUGGCGCUUCCUCCCCCCCUCUCAUCUACAUAACAAUACCCUUACCAAUGCCUAACCUCCAAUGCCGCGGAGUUGUGACGAUUUGCUACGAGGUAGGCGAAAAACCAAAUGGCUAGAGCCAAUUUGCCAAGUGGAAAAAAUUCCUACCAGGCCCCUUGACGGCGACCAACCAAAGUCCAUAGCAAUGUCAGAGAGCCUGACCUAAAGGGUGGGAGGGAUGGGAAACCGGAUCAGCUGGAGCGAUGAAAGAGGAAAAUCCUCAGCCAAGCCGGCCCUAAAUAGCGCGGGCCAUGCCUCCCGAGCCAGCCGAUUGGCUGGCAAGAAAGAUGACGCGGCCGAGGAUUCCCUCAAUCUCGCGGGGGCUGUGAGCCAGCCCCCGUGCACGUGGGGGAGGGUGUGAAGCCCGCAACCCCACCUCCUCUCCAGCUCGGAAGUGGCUUUCCCAUGAAUUGAAUCUGGGACCUUCUGCUCACAAAACAGUUGUUGUACCACCGAGCUUACAACCCUCUCUAGAGCUUAGUGGCAGAGCACAGUUUCCAAAUAUGGGAUUGCUAAUUCCCACCACAUGCUGCUUUUUCAUGCAAGGAAGCCUCCCUCAUCACACAAGACGGGAAAUGUUCAGACAUGCACACACACACCCAUUCUGCCCACACGCAGUCUCAAAUGGUAGUGCCCAGGUGGGCCUGGCCAAUGUGCCUUUUCUGAAUCAAUAAUGGCAAGAAGAAGAGGCGGGGCAGGCAGAGAACAUAAGCAUACAAGAACAAAGGAAGGACCCAGGUGCGCAGCCUGGGAGUCAUUUUUGACUCACAGCUGUCCAUGGAGGCGCAGGUUAAUUCUGUGCCCAGGGCGGCUCUCUACCAGCUCCACCUGGUAUGCAAGCUAAGACUCUACCUGCCCGCGGACUGUCUCGCCAGAGUGGUGCAUGCUCUAGUUAUCUCCCGCUUGGACUACUGCAAUGCGCUCUAUGUGGGGCUACCUUUGAAGGUGACCUGGAAACUGCAAUUAAUCCAGAAUGCAGCUGCUAGAUUGGUGACUGGGACUGGCCGCCGGGACCACAUAACACAGGUCCUGAGAGACCUGCAUUGGCUCCCAGUACGUUUCCGAGCACAAUUCAAAGUGUUGGUGCUGACCUUUAAAGCCCUAAACAGCCUCGGUCCUGUAUACCUGAAGGAGCGUCUCCACCCCCAUUGUUCAGCCCGGACACUGAGGUCCAGCUCUGGGGGCCUUCUGGUGGUUCCCUCAUUGCGAAGUUACAGGGAACCAGACAGAGGGCUUUCUCGGUAGUGGCGCCCACCCUGUGGAACACCCUCCCUUCAGAUGUGAAGGAAAUAAGCAGCUAUUCUAUCUUUAAAAGACAUCUGAAGUUCAGGGAAGUUUUUAAUAUUUAAUGCUGUACUGUUUUUAACAUUUGAUUGGGAGCCACCCAGAGUAGCUGGGGAAAUUCAGCCAGAUGGGCGGGGUAUAAAUAAUAAAUUAUUAUUAUAUUAUAUAGCCCUGAUGUAUCAGGCCAUGGGCCCAUUUAGUCCAGCAUCCGGUACUCACAGUGGCCAACCAGAUGCCCACGGGAAGCCUGCAAGGAGGCAGUGGUGGACUUGGGGCUUAAAAAUUCCAGUGGCGCCUUGUGCAAUGCCAACUGUGGCGAUCACACAGGGUCCCCGGAAGUUUCACCAUCUAUUGAUCCCUGUGCCACCACUUGAAUUCUCGCUGCCACCACCCAAGCCCUACUUGGGACAAUACUGAGUCCAGUCAGGGUUAAAUUGGAACAUAAACUUUUGUUUAUUUAUUGCAGUUUAACACGCGUGUGGUUUCAUAAACAGUACAGUGGUACCUCAGGUUAAGUACUUAAUUCGUUCCAGAGGUCCGUUCUUAACCUGAAACUGUUCUUAACCUGAAGCACCACUUUAGCUAAUGGGGCCUCCCACUGCUGCCACGCUGCUGCUGCGCAAUUUCUGUUCUCAUCCUGAAGCAAAGUUCUUAACCCGAGGUACUCUUUCUGGGUUAACAGAGUCUGUAACCUGAAGCGUAUGUAACCCGAGGUACCACUGUAUCAGUCAAUUACAUUCAUGGGGUGCCUAUCCAGACCUAUAACUUCCGCUACCUGCUCUCACUCACUAAACCACCUCUCAGAUAUUUACUUGUCUUCCUAGCCCCUAACUGUUCCUGACUCAGCCUAUUUCGCUACACUAACUCAUCCUACCCACAACUCUAGCCCAAUUCACUCCCACUCCAACCAACCACCCAACGAACUCCUCAACGAACUCUCCCCUUUGCCCCUCCCAGAGCUGGUUUUAUAGUCCCACUGACUCCACCCUCCUGGGUCCUGACUGGGCAACCUGUUUAACUAUUUCACCUCCAGAACUCUCUCAUAUGUUAACGACACACCAACAUCCGGCACCCCCUCCAUUCUCACCUUCCAUUUUUCAUUGUUUUUCCAGCACCCCCUACAGCAUCCUCUCGACUUGGUGCCCAGUGAGCAAGUGCACAAGCUUGCCUCUGUGAUUGAGAGGGCUGGGGCCACACCAUGCGUGCACGCCGUGUGGGGCAUGCCGUGUCAUGCACAUGUCGUGUGGUGCGCAUGAGCGAUGUGAGCACGCUGACCGUGCAUAGCUGCUGCAGAAUUUUGAGGGGGCUUGGUCCCCUCCUUGAAUAUUUUGGAGUUCCCGUGACCCCCAGGUCCCUAGUUGGCAGCACCCGUGCCAAUAAUAAUAAUAAUAAUAAUAAUAAUAAUAAUAAUAAUAUUUUAUUUAUAUCCCGCCCUCCCCAGCCAAAGCCAGGCUCAGAGCGGCUAACAAUAAAAGCAACACAAUUUACAUAAAAUCACAAUCAAUUGAUUGAAAUGCAUUCUAAAACCAAUUCAAAAUCAAAUGAAUGGCAACCACUGGGCUAGAGUUCUGUGAGGAUUACCAAAGGAGGGGGUCAGACUGUGCCUUGGCCAAAGGCCUGGUGGAACAGGCUCUGUCUUGCAGUCCCUGAAUCGCCCACACUCCCCUGUAUCUGCCUCUGUAGCAGGACCCGAGCACAAGAGCACUUUUCCCGCUUGUGAUUCGCAGCACCUGGCAUUCAGAGACGCCCUGCCUCUAGCAGUAGAGGCAGUGGAAGAGCAAUGAUGAACAUAAGAGCAUGACGAGAGCCUACUGGACCAGGCCAAUGGCCCAUCUAGUCCAGCAUGCUGUUCUCACAGUGGGCACCCAGGCGCCUGUCAGAAACCUGCAAGCAGGAACCUGAGCUCACAAGACCUCUCCCCUGCUGUGGUUUGCAGGAACUGGGUUCCCGAAGCGUUGCUAAAGGAUGAGCGCCAAAGGAUGGGCAAUUAAGGAUGGGCUGUGCCUGCAACUCUGGAUCUUUGUUUGUUUUUGUCUCCACUUGCUCAAGAAGCCUGCGUGCUUGUAGCAAGGCAGAGGGCGAAAUCAGGUGAAGGAUUAGUCAGGUACCUCCUCAUGUGCUCACACUUGGCUAGGCCUUGUGAAUUUCACCUUGGCCCUCUCGUCUGUUGCUCACACAUUAUGGAUGAUCAGCAGAUUGCCAGAGCACCAGGGGAAUGGUGUGUGUUUAUGCUGUGCUCUGUGGGCUUCCUUUGAUCCACAGUACAGCUUUUAUAAUUACCUGGCCUCUUAGAUGCAAUCUUUUAUAUUCAUUUUCUCACUUAAGAAAGGGGGGGGGGAGAGAAGAAGGUCACUGGCCAGAGACAUGGGAUGAGGGACAACGUUUAUUCAGUUCACAUUUAAAGGCAAAUUCACCUAAUUUGCAAUUUCCAUAACAAUAGGCGGACCAAAACAUAGCUCUCUUUCAAAAUGUACAUUUAUCUGAAUUUUGCAGUGUAGUUCUUGAGCCAAGUAAUGUGUACAAAAAUGCAUCUGCUAAGCUAAAGUGUAUAUUUAAAUGCACACAUUUGUGAAAAUAAUAUACAAGGGUGCAUUAUAUUAGCGGGAAAUGGUUUGCAACAAUGUACAUUUUUGCAAAAUUGCAUAUGAACAUGUAUGCAGUAGUGGAAAUUUGCACAAAAACGCUGACAAAUUUCCACGAGAACUUUUUAAAGUUGCAAACUGAUGUGGAAAUGUGGAGGGUAGAACUUAAGAAUGGAAGAAAAAUGACAAACAGAGAGAAACUUAAAUUAACAGAUUUGCCCAUCCCCAUAUAAUGCAACUGAAUAUUAUGAGAUGAAGCAGUUUAUAUUAUGAUGAGCUAGGUAAUUAUGAACCUUGACAGCCUCACCCCCGAAGUAUUUACUUACUAACUGCUAGGAUCUAAGUCUUUAUAGGCAAAAUCUUCUAUUCUUAUUAUGGCUUUGUUGAUUUGUCAUAAUCAAAACACAAAGCAGAGCACCCUCCCCCUUCCUAAAAAAAGAAGAAGGAAAUAAUUGCAAUUACCCUCCCUGUUUGCUCACUUUAAUUUUGGUUCAUUUAGCAUAAAAGCAAGCAAGCAAGCAAAGGAACAAACAAACAACAAGCAAUUUCUUCUGAGGCAUGGAGUUCAAGCAUAUAAUUUUUCAUGGGGCCAUUGCAGUAGGAUGGAGUCAGCCACCCAACGGCAGCAUUGCUGCAGCAUACCUGGAUUGGGAAGGGGAAAGGUGGCAGCAAGGUUGGGCUGUGUGGAUGCACUGGUGGAACCAAUUCAGUGCUUCCACAAAUGCAUUCACACACAGGGCCGUCUUAAGCAUAUCUGGUGCUGUGGCCAAAGAUCCCUCUGGCAGCCUCCCCACCCAUUUCCCAAAGUUGCCAAACUUUUUUAGGGAGGAAGGCACUGCCAGUGACGCGCCCAACUUUGUGGGGCUGGAGGAGGUGGGCAGUGGAUGGAGGGCAGCUCCUCCGGUGGGGCAGAGGCGGAGGACACGGCGGCUCCCGGCUCAGCUGGCUGCUUUGUGCUGCGGGGGCCACAACAGGUGGAGGCUCUGGGUGCUGCGCUGCUUUGGUGCGGCAUGGCGGAGGCGGGCGAGAAUGGCAAGCUGAUGCCGGGAGGCGCCGCGUCCAGCCCCCGCCUCUUCCCUGGCACCCUCCAGAACUUGGUGCCCUGGCGCCCUGCGCCACUAGCCUCUAUGGGUAAGAUGCCCCUGUGCACACAGCCCUGAAGUUGCUACAACCCUGCUCAACCCCAGCCCAGUUCAUAUAAGCUUGAGUUAGAAGGGCAGUUUCUUUUCUUUUUUUAAUAACUUUUUUAUUCAAAAUUAAAACAAAAGAUAUUAUCCAAAAACAUAUCAUCCUUAUUCCUCCCAUUUUUCCUCCCACCCACCCCCACCCCCCGACUUCCCUCAGUUCCAGUCUUUGAUUUCUCUAAAAAUGCUGUUUUCUGCAUGUUACACAGUUGUAUAGAUGCUCAAACUAUUUAGCUGAUUAUUAUCAAUAAUAAUUUGUGAAUCAAUAAAGUUUGUGAACGUUUAUUCAAAACCAGCCAAGGAGUCCAGUUCACUUUGUUGCGUCUUCAAAUACUUUGUAAAGGGUUCCCAUUCAUCUUUAAAGGGCAGUUUCAAUCCACUCAAACCUCGGUUGUCGAACGUAAUCCGUUCUGGAAGACCGUUCGACUUCUGAAAUGUUCGACAACUGAAAACUGAAAGCGGAAGCCUCAAUACAAUAGGGAAACUCAAAACGGAAGCAGCGUAGCAUGCUCAGCUUCCAAAAAUCGUUUGAAAACCGGAGCAGUUACUUCCAGGUUUUCAGCAUUCAGGAGCCGAAACAUUCCAAAACGGAGGCGUUUGGGAACCGAGGUUUGACUGUACCAGCCACUACUGAAGUUUUGCAGUGAUUUGGCUUUGCCUAAUUAACAGGUUCAGUUUCCAAAUUACUGGCCACCAAUCUUCCAUAAAAUUCCAUAGGUGUUUUGAUAGAUUUUCAUAUUUGUGCUACCACUAAUCAGGCAGCUGCGAAGAUAUUUUGAAUUAACCAAAGCAUUUCAUACGCACAUCAUUAGCAUAACCAGUGCACUUUUUAAAAAAAGGGGGGGGGAAGUGCCACUAUUCACCAUGAAGUUGUUACACACUUUUAACAUUUGGGGUGGAAAGGUGCUGGUACUGCGUACACUUGAGUAUCCCCCGGGGGGGGGGAAGCACUGAUAUAGCCCAAGAGCAUUGUUAAAGGGUCAGUAUUUGAUUCAUAUGAUGCAGGAUUCUUGAUUCAAUUCUGUCAACAAUGGUUUGUUCAGUUUCAGUUCCCUAAGAGCUAGAACGGAAGUGAUAUUUUGCGAAAUUCAGAUGGCACUAAAGUUUGCUUGGAAUUUGAAACCUGGAUUUCUGAGAUGUGAAAAGACCAAGGUUUGAAAUUUGACUGCUUUUAUUGGUUAGGCUAAAUGGACCCAUGGAGUUUGUAUAAAAUAUAUGAAAUUACAAAAGGCACAACUUCAACCAAACAGUAUAAAAUACUAACUGCUAUUGCAUGUCAGCUGCUGAACGCUGCCAAAUUUCGACAAUUGCAUUUUGUGGCCAACCAAAUGCCUAUGGGAAGCCCGUGAGAGGAAAAUGAGUGGAAGAGCACUGGGCCCACCUGCUAUUCCAAACAAUGGUAUUCAGAGGCAUAGUGCUUCUGACAGUGGAGGAAGCUUCUUCUUCUGUGGCGAUCACUUGUAGCUGAGUGAGAUUGUCUUCCAUGAACACUGUUUUAACAGUGAGUCCCUAAGUGACUGAGGAGGCCAAUUCUGGAUCCACACAUCCUUCCACAGUGGGGACAUAGCUUUCUGGGCGGGAGUUGAUCAUGGUGAGGGUUUGCCAAGCAUUCCUCCCUCUUAGCACAUUUCUCCCUUCCGUCCUGAGUUUGAGUGUCUUCAAAGUCCGUAACUCCUUCGGAAAAGGCUGUUCUCCAAUUGGAACGCCCGCAGGUCAGUGUUUCCCAAUUGUUGGUGUUUAUACUACUUUUUUUUAGAUUUGCUUUGAGUGAAUAUUUAAACCUCUUUUGUUGACCACCAGCAUUACGCUUUCCAUUUUUAAGUUCAAAAUAGAGUAGUUGCUUUGAAAGAUGAUAAUCAGGCAUCCGCACAACAUGACCAGUCCAACGAAGUUGAUGUUGAAGAAUCAUCACUUUGACACUGGUGAUCUUUGCUUCUUACAGUACACUGGAAUUAGUUUGCCUGUCUUCCCAAGUGAUGUGUAGAAUUUUUCAGAGACACCGUUGAUGGAAUCUUUCAAGGAGUUGGAGAUGGCGUUUAUAAGUGGUCCACGUUUCACAAGCAUACAGUAAGGUUGGUAGUACAAUGGCUUUGUAAACCAGCAGAGGCAUCAUGACUAGCAGUCAAUGAUUGCCUUCUUCUCCAUCAAUUUACCCAAUCCUCUUUUAAUGCCACCCAAUUUGGUGGCUAUCACUGCCUCCUGUGGGAAUGACUUCCAUUCCGGUUUUGCCUCCAUGGUCCUCCCUGUUGAAUACACAAGGCCAAGGCCAAGGCCAAGACUUAGAAGUAAGAAAAAAUGAUGGGCAAUCCUACCCCCUGAAUUGGUUGCAAUUACAAAGCCAGGCAGGUGAAUGGGUUGACUGAGAACUGACUAAGGUUGGUAAGGCAGUGCCCCAUUUACCUUAACUGGACUAGUCUCCCCUGAGCAAUACAGUGGUACCUUGGGUUACAGACACUUCAGGUUACAGACUCCACUAACCCAGAAAUAGUACCUCGGGUUAAGAACUUUGCUUCAGGAUGAGAACAGAAUUUGUGCUCCGGCGGUGCAGCAGCAGGAGGAGGCCCCAUUAGCUAAAGUGGUGCUUCAGGUUAAGAACAGUUUCAGGUUAAGAACGGACCUCCGGAACGAAUUAAGUACUUAACCCGAGGUACCACUGUAUUGCAAAGGCAAUCUAAAAGAAAGAGUCUAGCACCCUUCAUAACUUGCCCUACCUAGCUACACGUUGAAUAACCUUGUUGCAAUGUGUGUGUGUGAGAGAGAGAGAUACAAGUUAGUGGUAAAGCUAGCAAAAAUCAUCGUUCCUUCCUGCAGAUGCAACAAGGGAAACAGCUCAGUCUUUGAAUUCCUCACUGUAAUAAUGCCACAGCAGAGAGAAAAUAAUUUUUCCCUUAAAUGCUCUGCUUGAGACACAAUCUUGCAUUGUGACAUAUUCUAACAGGCUCCAGCGAUCGCAUUACAUAACGGGAUGCAAGCUAAUGAUCCAAGAUAAUAAGAGGGAAAAGCUGAAUAUAUUUGAAGAGGAAAAUGGAAAGGCACGGCUCGCAUAAACAUGAAGUAAGAAAUAAAUUUCCUAUAGUAUGAAAUGAAAGAGCUUGCAUAAACCAACAAGCUCGUGGAAAUGGUGCCCAGUGUACACUCUCUGAGUGCCUGUGCUUAUGUAGCCAGAAUUGCACCAUCCAUUCACAAAAGGAAAAAGACUUGGGGAAUGGGUAUUCCAAAGUUUUCAGAAAUACAGAAAAAACUUUAGAAAAAACUGUUAUGGGGCUUGGUUGGAGGACAUCCAAACAGUCUAAUUGUGGGAUAACCAGUCCCAUAUAACCAACAUGCUUCAGUCCAAUUAAUGCAUGAAAGGGUUAAUACCAUAGAGUAAGCUGUCCUGCCAGGCUUAGCUAUGUCACUCCCCUUACCAUCGUUGGAAAUAGGUAAACAAGCCUGUUUCCCCCCCACAAAUCUACCUGAGAAGCUCAGUGUGUGGAGAGGUUUGAGCUGGCUGCUCCAGCUCAACCGUAUGGCUCUCACCAGCCUCUUUUGAGUUCCUAUGCCAAUAAUCUAGGAAUUUUUACCACUAAGUUUUACUGCUUGUGCAACUUGUCUGACUGAGGUAUGUAAAAGCACAUGAACCAGACCUUUGAAGAGUUUGUAAGUAAUCUAAUUCUUAACUUACCAAACAUGUGGUCUUUUCCUAUGUUGGGAGAAAAGGGUAAUUUUGGAACUCACUCAAAAGGGCAUAUUUUAAAGGUCUAACAGCCUAUAUUUCCACACUUUGCUGCAUAUUUUGAACUUUAAAUCUCUGCUGGUGCUCCCUCAGCAAAGAGUACUUGCCCCAAACUUGGAUUUUACACCCACCCCAGUACCAAUGCAGACUGAGCACCCUCAGUGGGCACAGAAUGACAACCAAAGAAAAGACAGCAGGGAUUGAAAAGCAGAGAGGGCAAAUUAAAUGGAGUCACUUGGGAAAGGGGACCAAGAGGGAGAUAUGCAUAGGUAUAAAAAAGUUAGAGAGAACCAUCUCAUUGUUUGGAUAGGUCAUUUUGUGAUUCACUCUGAAAAGCUAUUUUUAAAUGUCCCCAGGGAUGGAAGUGAGAGUUCUACAGAGAAAACCAAUGGAGAAAUGCAGAUUUUUUUUUAAUGUAAGUGAAAUAUGAGCACUGACACUCCCUCAAAAAGAUAUAAGGGGGAGGGAACCUAAAAUGGAGUUAUGCCCCUCCUAAAUAGCCCAAUGAGGACUUAGAGUGUCCAGUGGGCACUAGAAAAAAAAUGACUCAGAAUUGAAAUAAAAAAUAUUCCAUCUUCACUUGUACCUCUGGCACAGUCAUGUUUAGGAGCAGGAAACCUAGGUCAUUGCUGUAAAUUACAGGAGGGGAGAGUGCUCUUGUGCUUGUGCCCUGAUUGCAAGUUUCUCAUAGGUUGGCCACCAUCAGAACAGGAUUCUGUACUGGACGGACCAUUGGCCUGAUCCAGUAGGCUCUUUUUACUGUCUUAUGUCCACUUCAAAAUCCACAGUCUGGCAGGUUCCAGGUGGUCUGAAGACUGCAUGCUGCCUCCGUUCUCCCCUCCAGAUACCUGUCCUUGAAAACUCAUAGCAAUCAGGAUAACGACAAUAACAAGGUGUACUUUGCCUGGUGUGUUUGACCAAUGACCAUUUGAGAUAGCCCCAUGGUUGUCCUGGAGGCCACAAAGUCCCUGUCAGGAGUGCGUGCAGGAGCCAGGCCCUGUGACCGGUUGGGCUUCGCAGGACUGGGGCCUUCCUAAGUUUGUUCUGAAGAGGCAAGGCACAGCCGCACAGGUGAGGCCGAUUGGUAACUCACAGCACCUGGUGGCAAGAGCUGGGAAGGGAUAUACAGUCAGCAUUUCCCUUUGGCUCUUCGCCAUAGCAGGGACGCGGGUGGCGCUGUGGGCUAAACCACAGAGCCUAGGACUUGCCGAUCAGAAGGUCGGCGGUUCGAAUCCCCGUGACGGGGUGAGCUCCUGUUGCUCAGUCCCUGCUCCUGCCAACCUAGCAGUUCGAAAGCACGUCAAAGUGCAAGUAGGUAAAUAGGUACCGCUCCGGCGGGAAGGUAAACGGCGUUUCCGUGCACUGCUCUGGUUCGCCAGAAGCGGUUUAGUCCUGCUGGCCACAUGACCCAGAAGCUGUACGCUGGCUCCCUCGGCCAACAAAGCGAGAUGAGCGCCACAACCCCAGAGUCGGUCACGACUGGACCUAAUGGUCAGGGGUCCCUUUACCUUUACCUUUACCUUUACCUUUGCCAUAUCAACACGCUUCCUGCCUUGCUGCGUUUGGCUUCUUGACUCCUAGUUUCCUGAUCCUUGGACCCUUGGCUUCCUGACUCCUGGUUUCCGGACUCUCAUUCCUGCUCCCACCCCUCCAUCUUGCCCCUGGUCCUGACGUCUUCCGCCAGGACUUUGACUGGACCGUGACAGUCCCAUUCUCCCUCCUUCCUGCUACCCCCAUUCUGUCUUCCUGCCGGGGUCGUUUAUUGUUUUCAGCAGAGCGUGUCCUGGAAACGGCAAGGCAUUAAUUGCAGGCCUGCCAAACUGUCAGCCUUUGGUCCUCAUCCUAUCUCAGCUAAAACACUUGCAGGGGGAAAUGUGCAAAUAGAGCAAGUUGCCUGAUAGCCAAUCAAUAUGAAAGGCUUUGCUACCUAGCUCACAUGGGAGUCCAGUGUUACACUCAGUGACAUGGCGCAUAACUUUGCGGCACGGCUGAGUCUGAUGCUGUUGACAUCUUUUUUCAGGCCAGUCUGACAGCUGGAAUUUGUCAGUCCUGCAAACUCUGAUCUAAAGAUCUUUUUGCUGGUUGUCGCAGGUGGGCAAAGUGCUGCUGCACUCAUGCGCAGCUUGUUGGUUUUCCAUAGGCAUCCGGUUGGCCACUGUGAGAACAGAAUGCUGGACUAAAUGAGCUAUGGGCCUGACCCACAGAGAUCCAGCAGACUCAUUUUAUGUCUCUCUCUCUGUGUGAGUGUUGGCCAUGAACUGCUUAAAAAAAGAUUAACACCACAAACCCUAACUGUGUCUACUCAGAAGUAAUCCUGUUGAAUUCACCAGGGCUUACUCUCACGUAAGUGAAAUUGCCCUGAUCAAAUAACUCCCCAAAUGCUGCCUGAACAGGGAGAGCAUGACUACAGCAGUCUACAGCAGUCUACAGCAGUCGAGGCAUUGCUAACGUCAAAACCAAAUUGCUGGAAUGCUGUUUACACGGGGCUCCCCUUGUGGUUGGGAGUGAACUGGGGAGUGUCCCAAAGACCAGAAAGAGAAGUAUGGAUGGCCACAUUUGGCCCCUAGUUCUGCAGUACAGCUAAGUACAGAUGAACAUCUCUCCAAAAUCACCCUUCUCCAUUUAAAGGACAUGAAGGUGGUCUAUUUAGGACUUGGAUGUUCAACAGGCAAACUCCAGUUAUCUGGAUCUCUCAUAUCUCCCUGCAUUGCUACAUGCUGAGUGCACUUUCUGUCCCUUAUUCCAAUAUCCUUUAUGACCUUCUGCAUCCUCGAGACCUUUAUCACCCGCAAAUUUCCUGUCUCAGAAGUGGAGAGGGAACAAGAUUUCUGAUCCGAGACUUGCUUCCAUUGCCAGUCAUAAGCAAUAGCUGUUAGUUAGAAGGGCAGAACUUGGAACGGGGCUUCUCCAUCUGUUUCACCCUUUUCAGCAGGGAUGUCACUGAAGUUUCUCACACCCACCUUUGUGAGGGUUUGCCCUGAAAGUUGGGCAGGACACAUUGCUGCCUGUGGCAAAGGACUAGAUAGCACCCUAAACCCACACAUGUACAGAAGUCCAGUUGUAUUGGAGUUCGGUUCUCAUUGCAGGGUUGCAUCCUGCAGCACACCAGAGAGCAUCCGACUGUCAUAAACCCUGCAAUGGCAUCAAGGUUGGGGUUGGAUUGGCAAGCGCCGGUGUAGAAGGAGGAAGAAACAGAGGAGGCCACUGAAUGGUGGGUACAUGGGUUGGAGGAAGGGCUGUCUCUCUCUUGUGUGUUCUGAUAUCCACUGCUAUGGAAGGGGGAAUAGGGAUGCUGACUCUUCCAUCCCCUGAACUUGCUGCGGAGUGGAGAACCACAGGGGAGGUUGGAGAAGGUGCAAUCAACUGAGUGGGGAAGCAGGAGGGCAUCAGCAAUAGAGGAGCCAGAACAGGAGGGUGCAGCCUGGUCAUUUAGAACCAGAUGCCACCUUCACCCACCCUUACACAGCACAUCCUUGCAAGUUUGACAUUCCCACAAGACGAGAGAGUCUUGUGAGUGAACACGUCAUGCCUUAAAAGCUUGGCAGGAGGAGCAGGGAAACUUGUUGGAACAUCCUCAUUGCUUUCCUCUAUUUCUUAACUUCUCCUGAGCUCCUGAAUUGUGAUUUCUGAGCCCAGUGUCUGUUGCUGAGCCUUUCCUCCCUAAGAAAAACCUCCUGAAAACACAUCAAUAUUCUAGUGCAAAUUUCACAUCCUUGUAUGCAAUUUUGUCUAGCAAAGCAAUUUCCCCUAAUAUAAUGCAUUCUUGUAUUUUAUUGUCAUGAUGAAAAUAUUUUAUUUUAUUCAAGAGUCUGUAUGCCCCAAACUGAAGCAAUGGAAAUAGAGGGAAUUGUUUUGCCAGGGCUCUCCAAUCCCAGUGCUUUUGGUGGGGGAAAAUGCUGAAGGAAAUAAAUACCGGUAGCUUUGAUUUCACAUGCUUCUUGCUUUUCUCCAAGUUCUGCCUCUGAGGGGCAUUAUAUAUAUAUGGAACUGUGGUGGAGCCAUUGAAGACUUUUCAUUUGCUUCCCUUCCAAAUUGAAACCAGUCCCUUUCCUUCCAAACCCUUCUGGAUCUUUUUCAUUUAUUCCCUUUGAUUUAAUAUUGCUGCUGUUUGUAUUUUGCUCCCUCCACACUCUUCUACCCCAUCCACACCCUUUCUUCCAAAUCACAGUCAUUUCUCAUUUAUUCUUUUUGAUUUCAACUUGCUGCUGUUUGCAUUUUUGAGUUGGAGCGUCUUAAGUGUUGCUUGCAUAUUCUUAGCAGAGGCAGUGGAUCCCAUCCCCAUUGAACAGUUCUAGUCUCAGGAGCUUGUUUUAUGGUCAGUGUGUGUAGUCUGUUUUAUACAGCCUCUCUCCAAAAUGAUUUUAUUCCACCAUUGUCUUGCACUAUUAAAUUUUUACUACUUUUCUUUCUUCUUCUUCUUCUUCUUCUUCUUCUUCUUCUUCUUCUUCUUCUUCUUCUUCUUCUUCUUCUUCUUCUCUUCCUCCUCCUCCUCUCUUGGUUCUCCCCCCUGCAAUACAAUAACCAAGUGACAGAGUUCUGCACUAGCUGCAGCUUCCAGACCAUAUUCAAGGAUAGCCCUAUGUAGAGUUCAUUGCAGUAAUCUAUUUCUCUCCCCCCCCUAUAAUUUUAUUAAUUUUCUGUUUCACAUUUUAGAAUAUUCAUUGAAACAACCUUAAAAUAUCACAUGGCGCCAGCCCACUCAAGUGCGGGGGCAAGCCGCCAUGCCUGAGUUCUCGGCUGGAUCUAGACACAUUAAAAAAAAUUAAAAUAUCAGGAAAAUGCGUUGGAAAGCUCCUAAUGGGAAUCACGUUGCCGAAGGAUCGAACUCUACAGUGCCAUCUGGUUUCACAGUGUUAUAACUCAUGUAAAACACUUUUUUAAAAAAACUAAUAUAGCUGAGUCCCUAGUGUUAUGAGAGAAGGAGGAAACCUUUUCUCUGUCCACUUUCUCUCAGCCGUGCCUAAUCUUAUAAACUUCUAUCAUGUCCCCUCUUACUUGCCCUUUCUCCAAACUAAAACACUCCAAAUGUUGUAACUUUUCCACAUCGGGGAUUGGCUUCUUCCCCUUGAUCAUUUUGGUUGUCCUUUCCUGAACGCUUUCCAACUUUACAGUUUCCUUUUUGAGGUUGUGUGUGUGUGUGUGUGUGUGUGUGUGUGUGCAUCUCCAUUAUCCCUGUCCUGAAUGGAGAUUAGCUCAAUGCAAGGAGAGUAUUUUAGAAGCAGCACUUGAGUGACAGUUUGCUGGCUGGUCAAAGGCCCUACCUUUGCCAAAACCCAGGUACCCUCUGAAGCUUGUCACAGUGACCUACAUAUUCACUUACAUCUUGCAAAUGCUGAAAUGCUUGCAGUACAAUGCUGCUUGCAAACAGUGGGCCAUAUGGAAACAGUACCAUGGAACAACCUAUCAAGAAAAAGAUGGAAAUUAGGGUAGACUUGAGGACAGUUAUUUCCUUUGGUGGAUGAAAGGAAGAAAACAAAACUGAUGGCUGGCAGCUGUAUAUACUCAUUACGGACAUAAGAAGAGUCCUGAUGGCUCCCACCAAAGAAUGUGAAAUGUGUGUCAAGGAUAAAGGGAACCUGUGGAACCUCCCGCUGUUGUUGGACUACAACUCCCAUCAUCCAACAACCGUUUGGCCAUGGGAGUUGAAGUUCUCGAGGGCUUUAGCUCCCCUGCCGCUGCCGUAGACCAUACAGCUUGGGUAGGCAAAGUAAGGCCCGGGGGCUGGAUCCAGCCGAAUCGCCCUCUCAAUCCAGCCCGCAGACGGUCCGGGAAUCAGUGUGUUUUUACGUGAGUAGAAUGUGUCCUUUUAUUUAAAAUGCAUCUCUGGGUUAUUUGUGGGGCAUAGGAAUUCGUUCAUAUAUCUUUCCAAAAUAUAGCCCGGCCCCCCACAAGGUCUGAGGGACAAUGGACCGGCCCCUUCUGAAAAAGUUUGCUGACCCCUGCCAUACAGAGCUGGACAGGUCAAUGGUGUAACCAGGUACAAGACUGAUUCCUCUGACAUGGUUUUCCCUAUGCUGCUAUUGGCCAAUUGUAAGGGGGAGAGAAGUUUCCUUCUCAGCCAUAGGAGGAGACGAAACAACUGAAAAAAAGCGAAACUCUAUACUACUGGAAUUUGGUCUACUAGGGCAAAUGGGGCAUGGCACCACCAACCCCAGCUAGCCUUCAACUACCCCCCAUGUACCUGCCUUCCUGUUUAUGAAUCCAAUGAGUAGCUCUGCCUGCAAGCUUCCUCCUCCUUAGGCCACGUUCACAGUAGUGCUAUGAAACCACUUGAAACAAUCAUGGCUUCCCCCAAUGAAUUCUGGGAGCUGUUGUCUGUUAAGGAUGCCAAGAGUUGUAAUUCCCCUCACAGAACUACAAUUCCCCAUGAAGGGGCUAAACAGCAUCUUAAAAAGCAGAGACAUCACCUUGCCAACAAAGGUCCGUAUAGUUAAAGCUAUGGUUUUUCCAGUAGUGAUAUAUGGAAGUGAGAUCUGGACCAUAAAAAAGGCUGAUCGCCGAAGAAUUGAUGCUUUUGAAUUAUGGUGCUGGAGGAGACUCUUGAGAGUCCCAUGGACUGCAAGAAGAUCAAACGUAUCCAUUCUUAAGGAAAUCAGCCCUGAGUGCUCCCUGGAAGGACAGAUCCUGAAGCUGAGGCUUCAAUACUUUGGCCACCUCAUGAGAAGAGAAGACUCCCUGGAAAAGAUCCUGAUGUUGGGAAAGAUGGAGGGCACAAGGAGAAGGGGACGGCAGAGGACGAGAUGGGUGGGCAGUGUUCUCGAAGCUACCAGCAUGAGUUUGACCAAACUGCGGGAGGCCGUGGAAGAUAGGAGGGCCUGGCGUGCUCUGGUCCAUGGGGCCACAAAGAGUCAGACACGACUAAAUGACUAAGCAACAACAACAACAACAUGAACAGCCAAUCACGUGAGGUCCAUUGUGUAAAUAAUGUAUAUAAAGCAGACAUUCUGGGAGAAAUUCCAUUCCUCCUCACCACUAUGAGCUGAAUAAAGAGCAUGAAAUCCACGCCCGACUCUGAGUAUAUUUCAGUUGUUUAAAUGAAUAUUCUAAAUUGUAAAACAGAAAAUGUAUCUAUCUAUCUAUCAUCUAUCUAUCAUCUAUCUAUCUAUCUAUCUAUCUAUCUAUCUAUCUAUCUAUCUAAGAAUGAGAACACCAUACCUCCAGGUUUGCCAGAAGGACCUCACACCUGCCAGUCACCAAAUUUCCAGUGUGUUGAUGCUCCAUCUGAUGGGCAGACCUCUUGCCUGGUUUCUGAAGUGCUCAGAGCUAUAGGCUUUGCUCAUAAUGAGCCAUGGCACUGAUAUAGAGCUGUUGGCACAACUUUGCUCAAGCUCUCUCUCCCUCUCGCUCUUGGCAACCUAUCCCUGGCUGCCACAGCCCUCCCAGAUGCUAUCAGCAGCCUGUUGUCCAUCUCUUGCUCCAACAAACUGUCACCGUCUGAAUGCCAAGGCAGGUGCGGAGCUGUGGUUACGGCAGGUGGUGGCACCUGUGCCCAUUCAAGGCACGAAACCAAGACAACCUGCCUUCCCACCGUGAGAGAGGACCAUUCACCUGGCAGGUAGCGACGCCUCCAAAAUCACCCACAUAUCAAUUCCUCCUUCAGUUUUGCAGUUCUUGGUUACCUGGCCUUGCUUCUGAAAUAGAACUGAUGUUUUGGGGGAUUUUGUGUUGUUCUGGGUCUGUCAUGCUUCUGCGGUUAGUACAGAGCAUCACUCAGGCUCAGUUUAGCUCCUUGCCUUUCCCCCUGCUCUGCACCACUGAUGCAUGUACACAGGUUGAUCAAAAUGCUUCAAUGGCACAGUUUAAAUCCAACACUGUGCUGAGUGGGGCUGAUCACAGUUGGAGUUACUGGGGUGGCCAACUCCCAAGAGACUGCGAUCUACUCACAGAGUUAAAAACUGGCAGUGAUCUACCCCCCUUUUUUAGGGGGGGGGUUCAGGUCAAAGUUGCUGAGCUGUUUUUAGGAAGGAGUAAGGCCCAUUUUUAGGGGUUCAGGUCAAAGUUGUUGAGCUGUUUUUAGGCAGGAGUAAGGCCCGUUUUUGGGGGUUCAGGUCAAAGUUGUUGAGCUGUUUUUAGGAAGGAGUAAGACCCAUUUUUAGGGGUUCAGGUCAAAGUUGAUGGAGGAGCAAAAGCUGUUAAGCUUCUUUUGGGGGGAGCCACUGAUCUACCACUGAUCUACCACAGACGUCCAGUGAUCUACCAGUAGAUCACGAUCUACCAGUACAGCAACAUCUAGAGAACCACUGCUUCUCCAUCCCUGCUUUAACCACGACACCCAGGACUGGCUCAAGGGACUUCGCUGCCUAAGGCAGCGUGUGCCCCACCUGCAAGACAAGAUGCACAGUCCCCCAAACUGGCCAAGUUAUUUUCCAUAGAAUCAUAGAAUUGCAGAGUUGGAAGGGACCCCGAGGAUCAUCUAGUCCAACCCACUGCAAUGCAGGAAUAUGCAGUCAUCCCAUUCGGGGAUCGAACCUGCAGCCUUGGCAUUAUCAGCACCAUGUGCUAACCAACUGAGCUAUCCAGGCCCCCAAAGCAGGAAAUCCCACAAGUGCCUUUCCAUGGGAGUAAAAUUGCAACACUAAUAAAUUUAAUAACCAAUAAUUUGCUGCCCUUUCGUGACAUCUAAAAUCAGCUGCUUGAGGCAGCCUCCUCACUCUGCCUUACAGCAGGGCCGGCCCUGGCUACACCAGGAUUCAACAGGGCUUACUUCCAAGCAAGUGGGGUUAGGAUUGCAGCUUUAUCUUCCAGCUUUUACACAUCCGGGAUAUUUUUAUUGCAGUUCUCAGCUCAAGAAAUAAAUCACAAUGAGGAAAAUGAACCCAAAGAUAUGCAUUUAAAUGCAAUUUUUUAUGCAGAUUCUUUUUUUUAAAGAUGAGAGGAGGUACAUUCAAAAAUGCUUAUUUAAAUGCAAAUUUCCAUGCAGUUUUUUUAAAAAUAUAUAUUAAAAAUGUAAAUCAAUGGAGGAAUGGAAUGAAAUGUACUUAUGAAUGACUAUAGACUGGAAAUAGAUUGAUUUGUCCAAAUUCAAUUAAGACUGAAGGAACAAUUUCUUGAGUUUCUGUUUGGAGGCUGUAGGAAUGGCUGAGUGAUUUUUGUGACAUAAAUGUAUGAGUGUAAUAUCUUCUGUGGGUUUUCCAGGUCGGCAUUCAGCAAAGCAAGCUCCCCUGGAUGGUGCAAAGAUCAUCUGAGGGCAGGAAAAAAUGUUAGCUGGGUGACCCUGAAAAAGAGGAGCCGAGAGGCAGAGAGAGCCUUGCACUUUCUGAGGCACAAUGGGAAAUGGGAUUAUUUGUUCUGCUGUUGCUGUUGAUUGCAGCGAAAGGGAGAAACCAAGAUUAAUUUCAUCGGCUGACAUUUUGCAGCCCUGCCAGGAAAGUAUAUUACCCAGAGAUGUUGCCUAACAAAGCUAGUGCGGUGUGGCCAACUGUGAGUGAAAGCUUUAUGAAAACAACUUGAAGGAUCGGUAGAGGAAUCUGAAAUUAGAUGCGUUUGUCACAGCUCCCGACAAAGCGCCUGGUGUUGCGACUUUCCCUGCCUGUCACAACUGAGGUGACAAAAGCACAUUCCGGCGGUGGCUGCAACUGAUCUCUGGCUGGCAGAGUUGUGCUCUUUGACGUUGCACAUGCACAACAUCUUUGUGAUUGCAAACAAGUGAUUGCUUCUACAGGUAUUUAACUGUUUUCAGGGGACACAGGUGGCACUGUGGGGACAUGGGUAGCGCUGUGGUCUAAACCACUGAGCCUAGGGCUUGCCGAUAAGAAGGUUGGCAGUUCAAAUCCCUGCAAUGGGAUGAGCUCCCAUUGCUCAGUCCCUGCUCCUGCCAACCUAGCAGUUUGAAAGCACACCAGUGCAAGUAGAUAAAUAGGUACCGCUCUGGUGGGAAGGUAAACGGCGUUUCUGUGAACUGCUCUGGUUUUGCCAGAAGCGGCUUAGUCAUGCUGGCCACAUGACCCAGAAAAACUGUCUGCGGACAAACGUCGGCUCCCUCGGCCAGUAAAGUGAGAUGAGUACUGCAACCCCAGAGUCGUUCGUGACUGGACUUAACAGUCAGGAGUCCUUUAUCUUUUUAACCAUUUUCAGAAGAUUAUUUUAAACUUUUUAAGAAGUUUUAAUUGCAUUGCUUAAGUAUUAACAAGUUUGCCGCUCUGGGCUCCUUUGAUGGAAGGGUGGGAUAGAAAUGUAAAUGAUAUUUAUAACAUAGAUUAUAGUGAGGGACAUAGGCACUGAGUCAGGAGAGGUGCGAGAUCCCUUUGUCCCCCCAAUAAAAUAUUUGUGUCCCCUCCCCAAAUUACUGGGUGUUAAGUUGUGGGUGAACAUAUCAGACGACACAGGGAUUCUUCAGACAGUUCUUUUUUCUUCACAGGCCAGAACAGAACUGAACUGAAGGGUUCAGCCAACCUGCUUAUAUAGAGCUCAACUACAAAGCAACAGUAACAACUUUCUGUAACUAUCCAAUCACUGAAGGUCACUUUCAAUUCCUUGUUUGCAUAUGCGGACCUGAGUGAAAACUAUCUACAGUAUCCCCCUGCUGGCCCAGGGUGAGACUUUAGUACAUAACACUGGACAUUGCCGUUCAAGUGGUAUUCAUGUUACACAUCUUGUGAUCUAUUAUUUGGGACUGGGCUUACCAGGCCCCCUUCUCGGGGGGGGGGUAGUACCCAUCAUUCCUCCUCAGUCCAGCCCCUGACAGUAGAUUACUUGUAGGGAUGGGCUGCAGUUUGUUUGAAGAGCUUCUGCUGUGCAUGCAGAAGGUCCCAGAUUCAAUCCCUGCCGUUUCAAGGUAGAGCUGGGAGAGAUCCCUCUCUGAAAUCCUGGAGAGACACCACUAGUCAGUGUAAACAAUCCUGAGCUAGAUAGGCCAAUGUCAUAAUUCAAUAUAAAGCAGCUCCUUGCAUUUUCAGUCCUACUUCACAUUUUUCCUGGUCGAGUUUUUGAUACUCCCCCAUAUAUUAUCGCUGAUUGCUUUGCCUGCAAGUAAAAACAGGCAAACAAACAAAAUCUCACCUCUCUCCAGUGGCAAUAAGUUUGUUUUAAACAUCUUUAAAUGCUAUUGUAUGCCGCUGCAAAUCACUUGUCAUAGCCGCUCAGGAAAGCUAACAAGUUGCUGUUUUGCUGAGAAGGGGUUUCUCAGCUGUGUAAAUCAGAUUAAUAAAGUGAGUUUUGUGCAAUUCCAACUCUUCCUGGGGCGGCUGGAGGCUUGUCUGAAAUAUGUGCGUUGUGUUUUUCCAGCUCUGCUAGCUCUUCGGGGCCAUUCAGUAGGAUGGAUGGAUCAGACUGUCAGUUCUGCAUGUAUUCAUUCAUAAAUCCAUUUCAUCUGCCCCACUGAUCACUGGCAUGUUGUUUCUUUUCUCAUUCACUGAUGGCAUAUGAUCAGGGAGGAAAACAUGGAAGUAAAAAUGUGGGAAAGAGAAGAAAAUGAAGUUCACCUUAAUCAAGAAAAGUUCAAGCUGGAGAGCAGCCCCGUGACAGAAAGCCAUGAAGUGAGGAGUUCCCUGGACUGUGGAGAGAGCAACAACAACAACAUAAGCCCCUGCUAUUUUUGUGUUUAAACGGCUUGUGCUAUUCCGCACCGGUGCUUGCAAAGGAAAAGAGUGUGCAAUAUGGCAUUAGGGCUGCAAGGCAAGGUUUGCUGGAUUAAUCUCCUAAAUGAGUCCAGAAAGAGUAGGGUAAUCUUUUCCUGGCUCCUUUUCAUCAUCUAAGCUCUCCUCUCUGCUGUUGUCAACACCGUGCUUCUCCUCCCCCCCCCAACAUACUGCACAACACAACACAAUAGAGGCAAACGAUUGCCUUGUCGCUGCAGCAUUUUCUACUGGGCUUUGAGAAUUCUUGGUGCAUGUUGUUAAUGCUUAAUGGAAGGACUGGUAGAUCUACCAUUCAUGGCCUGUUUCCUGUCCUAUAUGAAAACCCAGAAGGUCAAAAAAUUGGGACCUAAGAAACCCAGUUUUUUGGUGUGCUUUAAAUAGGGUGUAUGCAAUUUACACUUAAGGGACAUAGGUGGCACUGUGGGUUAAACAACAGAGCCUAGGGCUUGCCGAUCAGAAGGUCGGCGGUUCGAAUCCCCGCGACGGGGUGAGCUCCUGUUGCUCGGUCCCUGCUCCUGCCAACCUAGCAGUUCAAAAGCACGUCAAAAGUGCAAGUAGAUAAAUAGGUAUCGCUCCGGUGGGAAGGUAAACGGCGUUUCCGUGCGCUGCUCUGGUUCACCAGAAGCGGCUUAGUCAUGCUAGCCACAUGACCCGGAAGCUGUACACCAGCUCCCUUGGCCAAUAAAGCGAGAUGAGCGCCGCAACCCCAGAGUCGGUCACGACUGGACCUAAUGGUCAGGGGUCCCUUUAAUUUACACUUGGAGGGGGGAAGACUCGCACCCACUCACUCUGCUCCAUCAUUGCAACAGCCCACUAGAUUUGCCCCAACAUGGGUGUAGUCAGCAUGUCUGAAAAGGCACGACAAAGGCAGAUGCUAGAGAUGGCCUCAUUUGUCGGUUACAAUGUCCAUCAAUUUCAGUUCUCCACAUUAUCACAGCAGCUUGCGAUUUUCUUUAGACGUCCCUUGUGAAAAUGUACCGGCAUUUUAGUGUGAAUGGACACAUUUUUGCAGGCAAUUUUAAAUAAAAACACUUUUUUUUUGCAAGCCAUUCCCCCUAAUGUAUGGUAUUUUCAUCAAUAUGCACACUUUUAUGAGCACUUCUGCCUAGCAUUUUCAGACACACUGUUUGGUUGGAUAACAGCAUUGCAAAAUUUUGGACAAGUGUGAAUUUCGAGGAGAACGGUGCUGUGUAUUUGCUUCAAGAAGUAGGACUGGUAGCCUCUCAUCAGAAUGCAAACAGAAUUGAACCUCUGUCAUCUCAACACACAGCUGCAUGUAUACAGAGAUGCUUCAUGUGGUCAGGAAAUUCAGAGUGUGCAGAGUUCCCAACCUCAUGGAACAUCCGUGCAAGUCUGGCAGAGGUGAGCUGAAAUUGUUGCCUCAGCCAUAGGGAAGAAUUGAGGGUGGCUGUUUUGGUUUAUUGAGGGGGUCAGGGAUCACACUGCUCUACACACUGAGAAGAAAGAACAGCAGACAGGCAGAUCUGUUGCUGAUGUGGCAGGUUUAGGGAACCCUCCUAUACACAUAAAGUCAGCAUUAAGCAGACCAGUGUGUGUUAAGCAGGUGUAAGGGGAGCGGGUGGCGCUGUGGUCUAAACCACUGAGCCUCUUGGGCUUGCUGAUCGGAAGGUCGGCAGUUCGAAUCUGCACGACGGGGUCAGCUCCCAUUGCUGUUUCCCAGCACCUGCCAACCUAGCAGUUCGAAAGCACACCGGUGCAAGUAGAUAAACAGGUACCGCUGUGGCGGGAAGGUAAACGGCAUUUCCAUGCGCUGUGGCUUGUGUCAUGGUGAUCUGUUGGACCAGAAGCAGUUUUGUCAUGCUGGCCACAUGACCCAGAAAGCUGUCCGUGGACAAACACCGGCUCCCUUGGCCUGAAAGUGAAUGAGCGUCGCAACUUAACCAUCUAGGGGUUCUUUACCUUUACCUUUUUUCAGGUUACACCAGAAUAAGAAUUAGCCUUAUAAAGCCAAAAAAUACAAAUACAAAUUAACACAUAACACUUCAGAACAAUUUAAAACAACCCCUCCCAAUAAAUAACACCCAUUCAUAAGAGCUAUUUGAAAAGAUAAAGCAAUCUGGGUAAAAGAGAUUUGGGAAAUAGUUCAUAAUGAAUUGAAAAAAAAUGUUUAAGAGUACUUCCCCCCCCCCAAAAAAAACACACCAGAGUUCCUUUAGUUGGGGAUAAUUCAAACAGAAAUUCCCAGGUGUCGAAAAAGGUUAUUUAUGUAUGCCACUACUGUGGCCCUUGUUUUCUUAGCCCCAAAAUGGAAAAUGAGUGAGGUCCCAACUAAAGAAGAAUGGCAACUUAAGCUGAUGGAAUAUGCGCAGCUUGUGGACUUAACAUAUAGAAUAAGAGAACAAGAAGAACAUAAGUUUAAAGAGGAUUAGAAAAUGUUUAUUAAAUAUAUGGGGGGAAUUGUGUACACUUGAAAAUGUGGGUAGCAUUAAGAUAAACUCAACAGCGUAGACAAGUUUUGAUCAAUGUAAUAAUGGAAUACUGAAUGGUUUAGUUUAUGUAAAAUAUGCAGGGAUUUAUGGUAUGCAAAAUGAACCAUGGAAAGAGAAUGAAAGUCACUGAUAUUGUAAGGAUGUUUAAAUAAGUAUUUAGAACUGUAAAACAGAAACUAUAAUAAAAGUUAUGUAUAAAAAAGUAAAGAAAAGAUAAAGCAAUCAGAGCAGUUGUACAUCUUACGAAACCGUAGCCCUGUUCACACAUGAAGGCUCUUCUCCAUACAUCAAAUACAGAUGUGGAUGCCAGAAGACAGUGGCUUCCACGUCCAGCACUGUGCAUCAACAUCUGGAAUGGGUGUGGAAGGACCCUCUCCUAUACAGAAGGCCUAUCCAGCUCUUAGGAAACAUACAAAGCUUCCUUACACUGAAGUCAGACCGAUAGCCCAGCAUUGUCUGCACUGAUUGGCAGCUGGUUUCUGGGGUUUCAGAGAAGAGUCUACCUGGAGAUGCCAGGGAUUGAACCAGACAUCUUCUGGAUGAAAAGCAGAUGUUCCAUCAGUGAGCUACACUAGGCUACAGCCCUUCCUUCCCUUUCAAGAACCAUUCCUGUCCAAGAACUUACCAUGAACCUUGUUCUCUUAGAAUGGCAAUGGUGCCCACCUGAGAGGUGCCGGAACUGAGUUCUGGUGAGUUCCAGCUAAAAAAAAAGUGGUUCUUCUCAUGAGUCAGUGGGAUGUCAGUUAAGCUUCUUAAAUCCUAGUGACUUCAGGCAGAGCACCCUUUAGCAUAUGGGUAGGCAAACUAAGGCCCAGGGACUGGAUCAGACCCAAUUGCCUUCUAAAUCCGGCCCGCAGACGGUCCAGGAAUCAGCGUGUUUUUACACGAGUAGAAUGUGUGCUUUUAUUUAAAAUGCAUCUCUGGGUUAUUUGUGAGGCAUAGGAAUUCGUUCAUUCCCCCUCCCCUCCAAAAUAUAGUCCGGCCCCCCACAAUGUCUGAGGGACAGUGGACCGGCCCCCUGCUGAAAAAGUCUGCUGACCCCAGCUUAGCUGAAAUAGAUUAUUAUGAGCUGAUUUACCCCAUCAAUUUCCAAAUGUCUAGCUAAAUUUAAGGAUGUUGACUUUAUGUAUUCCAGAUUAUUGCUAUUUAUCUAUUAACUAUGAGUACGGUCUCAGCUUCCACUCUUUUGACAUCUUCUGCACAUGGCUAUUUGACAUCUUUUGGAACAAUAAUAUUAAAAUUCCAGUACCAUAGCAACUGGAAAUGCUGGUCAUGAAUUAUUCCAUUAUGAUGAACAAAAGAUCAUCGGGAUCACUUCCAGAGCUAUCUUUCUCCGCUGUUAACCUGUUUUAUGGUUCUGUAGCACCAAGAGCAAAGACUCUUCCCCGCUUGUCAUUUAGGAGAUGAACUUGGCAGACUCUCUGCAACAGCCGUGAGGUAAUGGAUAAUGUGCCACUCUGUGCGAUUUUAUUCUGUAUGGUUGGGUAAAAGUGAAUGCUUUUUCGGCAGAUGAUGUAAUCAAAUCAGGAUAUCUCUCUUAUGAACAUCAGUCAAUAGUGCCAGAAGAGCUUAGCUAAUGUAGGUCUACAGGGACAUCUCUUGUCCCAGAGGAGGUAAGAAUACUCUUGCUCAAUUUGAUAUCUCCAGAAAUUUAUCCUCUGUACGAUCAAAGAACUACAUUUUUCAUACAAACCAGACCUGGAACGCCCACAUGGGAGGCAAGGGCGUAGCCAGGAUUCAUGUUAGGGGGCAGGCAGGACACCCACCUGUCAUCAUCCUGUGUCUGGCUCUGUCUAGCAGAUUCGGAAUGAAAUGUCUCAACACCAGUUGCUUUAAAUUGCUUUCUUUUGAUCCCAAGUGCUCAGAAGAAUCUGCGGAAAUCUUCAGCCAUUUGAAAACCAGCAAGUUAAAUUAAAAAAUAACACCAGGGAGUACCUUUUAAGCAGUUAAUGAGUAAAUUUUGCAAAAUUUCAUCUUAUUUUCUUUUUUAAAUUAACUAAACUAAAACGAGUUUUCUUGGAUUUGCUGAAAACCAUCCAACCUCUGCUUAAAAGCCCCCAAGGAAGGAGAGUCCACCACUGUCCCAGAGAGUCUUACCAUCAGAAAGUUCUUCCUAAUGUUUAGUCCAAAUCUCCUCUCCUGCCCUCCCCUCUGAAGCAGCAGAAAACAAGCUUGCUCCCUCUUGCAGCCUUCAGCUAUUGGAAGAUGGCUCUCCUCUCAGUCUCCUCUUCUCCAGGUUAAACAUACCCACCUGCCUCAACUGUUCCUCAUAUGGCUUGGUUUCCAACUGCCUCAACCAUUCCUCAUCAGGCUUGGUUUCCAACUGUCUCAACUGUUCCUCAUCAGGCUUGGUUUCCAGACCCUUCAUCAUCCUGGCUGCCCUCCUCUGCUCACCUUCCAGCUGCUCAAUAUCCUUCUUCAACUAGCCUGCACUGACUGGCAGCAGCUCUCCAGGGUUUCGGAUGGGGGGGGGGACAUUCCCAGCCCCUCCCCCCGGAGAUACUGACCAGGACAGAAGACCUGUAUGCAAAACAGAUGGUCCAAUCCAGUGCUAUGGAGACGCCUAGCCUGCCUUGAAGGAUGUGGGGAUGGUCUCCCUUUGGAAACGGGACCGCAGGAAGAAGGAUGUGAAAUGCUGACGUGAAUCUGACCAGAGAAGAUGCGGCCCAGCUGCAGGCGUAUCACCAGAUGCCUCCAAGUUCUGACUGUGCAGCAUCACCUCUCAGGAGGGGCCAGGGCCAGAUGAGGGGGUUGCCACGGUGACAAGGACCUGCCCUCCUUUGUGACAUCUCUUCCUUCUCCCUUAAAAGCCAGAGACUUGCAGGAGGCCAUUGUGGGUUAGUAGUGAGGCGAGUUGAGUAAUAGAGAGAGGUGGUGGUGGUGGUUGGAGAUGAUAAAGAGAGGUGUUCUUUGAUGGUUAUUUUGAUUUUGAUUUAAUUUACUUAAUUCGUUCUGGAGGUCCAUUCUUAACCUGAAACUGUUCUUAACCUGAGGCACCACUUUAGCUAAUGGGGCCUCCUGCUGCCGCGGCGCUGCCACUGUACAAUUUCUGUUCUCAUCCUGAAGCAAAGUUCUUAACCCGAUGCACUAUUUCCGGGUUAGCAGAGUCUGUAACCUGAAGCGUAUGUAACCUGAAGCGUCUGUAACCCGAGGUACCACUGUAUUACUUUUAUUUGAUUUAUUUGAUUUUAUUAAUUUUUAUUUUUUUAUUUUACUUUUUUAUUUUAACACUUUUAUUUUACUUUUUUAUUUUACUUUUUGUUCUCUAUUUACAUAAUUUUUAUUUUACAUUUUGUGGACAUUUGUGCACAUUUGUGUAUAUAUUUUGUAUAUAUUUAUUUUGUGCAUAGAGGAGUAGUUAAGGGUAGGGUUAGGCUUAGGCUUAGGGCUGGGGUUGGGGUCAGAGUUAGGCUUGGGUGGGCACUUUAGAUAGUUAGCUAGUUUAGAGAGGAGAGUGGAGAUUUUUUGUGAACAAAAUGUGCAGACUGUAAGUAGCAUUCCUUUGCUUUCUCUUGGUCUCCUGGGGGGGGGGGAGCGUGAGUCCUGGGAUCCUCUGUACAGCCUUAGCUCUCUUGAAAUCGACCCGGCCAGUCUUCUCCAGAGAGCUCAGCUCCUCCACACUCUUCCCCUGCCUUCCCCUUUUCUAUCCCCUCUCAUCAUUUACAUUUACUAGGACAUUCCUAGCUCACUUUCCUCCCAGGAGCUCAAGGUGGCCUUCAUGGUUCUCUCUGCCACCAACUGUUAUCUUCACAGCAGCCCUGCAAAGUAGGCUAGGCUGGCCCAAGGUCCACUAGGGAGCUUCAUGGCUGAGUAGGGAUUCGAACCCUGCUCUCUCAGGUCCUCCUAGUCCAGCCCUCUAACCAUUACACUUCUGUCUGGCUCCAUUUUGCAUCUCUCCAGCUGCCCUAUGACAUCGGCCUUCUCCCCCUUCCUGGGGGUCUCUCUGGCUUCAAGAAAGACUCCACCACCUUCUUCAUGUUCUGCUCCUCUUCUGGGACACCUUGAUGCUUGGAGAACCCUCCUAGGGGUCUCCCUCUGUUAAAUGUUCGGGAAAUGUCAGAAGCCCAAGGCAGUAUAAGUUCCUCAACUACGUUUAUUCAACAUUUGUCAGUGACAACAGCUCACUCAUAGGAAAACAAGAACCGAACUGACUGGACAACACAAUAAUAAUGCCGAGCAUGAACUGACCGUUGACAGUUGACAGUUGGAAGUGCAUGCGCUUACUUGCUCUACCAACUUACUCUACCAGUACUCUACUCUACUUACUCUACCAACGCUUAUACGAUUGGUUAGAAUGUGCCUUGUAACAUAAAAUGUGUUAAACCCAAUACAUAACACCCUCCUUCUCCUGGAAGGGUAAGGUAAAGGGACCCCAGACCAUUAGGUCCAGUCGUGGCCGACUCUGGGGUUGCGGCGCUCAUCUCGCUUUAUUGGCCGAGGGAGCUGGCAUACAGCUUCCGGGUCAUGUGGCCAGCAUGACUAAGCCGCUUCUGGUGAACCAGAGCAGCGCACGGAAACGCCGUUUACAUUCCCGCCGGAGUGGUACCUAUUUAUCUACUUGCACUUUGACAUGCUUUCGAACUGCUAGGUUGGCAGGAGCAGGGACCGAGCAACGGGAGCUCACCCCAUCGCGGGGAUUCGAACUGCUGACCUUCUGAUCAGCAAGCCCUAGGCUCUGUGGUUUAACCCACAGCGCCACCCACGUCCCUUUCUCCGUAGGUCUGUCCUAAGAAGACGAGGCAGAGCAGCCCUUUAACAGCUGGCAAUGCUUCUCUUUUCUUUGGGCUGGAGCUCUUGAACCCAUAGCACUUGGGGCCUCCUUUCUCUCUCUGCCAGCCCUUCAUGCUCUGGGCUGCCUCUUUCCUCUUUCAGGUCUCUUUCAGGUCACUGAACUGCAGAGAGAUGGAAGGAAUUGGGCCAGCCGCCCCUCCUCAAACACAAACACCCCCCAAGAAUUGGGGCUGCCAGCUUCUGAGUCGGUCUCUCUGCUCGUCUCUUCUAGGUUCAGGUGCUUAAGAUGCCUGAUCGGCCGCAGCAACAGAGUGGACCCCCCGCAAGGCCCGGAGCAGCCGGUGGCGUCAGGUGAGCAAGUGGCCCUUCUUUUUGGGACAGAGGAAGGCAGGAAUGGGCUAGGGGAGCAGCUAGUCAAAAGAUGCACAGAGCCAGAUGACUGGAUCCGACCCAAGGUCCAUCUGGGCCAGCAUCUGGAAACCCAACCACCCCGUUUUGUGGGGUCCGAUGGAGGAAGCAGGGGGCUGGGCUGCAGGGCAAGGUGGGGGGCAGUUGUCAGCGAGAGGGGCCCCUUCCCUGGGGAGCCAUGUUUUGGGGGCAGGAGGCCCUGAUUGGCUCCCAAGGCCUGGGGUGUCCCUCCCCUGUAGUAGGACUUGGAAUCCAGGAGAAAACUCUUGGAAUAGCAUUGCCAGGGGCUCGGGGAUGAACACAUCGCACAGCUCGUACUCUCCCCUGCCUGCUCCUUCAGCCAGAAGCGGGGGCAAUGGCACAUGGGCAGGGAGCACAUCAAAUGUCACCCCCCUCAGGAUGUCACCUGGGGCGGGCUGCCCCCACUUCACCCCCCUUCCGAUGCCUCUGGCUAAGCUAGAAAAAAGACCAGUCUUCUGCCCCCUUCCAGGAGCCUGGAUUCCGCAUAGGAAUACAUACCUACAAGUGUGAGAUGGAAGCCAAAAUCUGGGUCAGGCCAGAAGGGAUCUCUUCUAUCGUAAGUACAGUAAUUGCGAGCCAAAGGAAUUUCUGUUGUCAGAAGCUGAGCUGCGAUCAGCAUCUAGGAAAGCCAGUAAACUCCCUGAUGGGAUGAGAGAAACAAAGUUGGGCAGAAAGGAUGCAAGGAUUUCCAUCCUUCCUAGUUUUUGGGACAGGCAGAUGCACUUCCAAAUGUUUCCAGACUUUCUGGUGGGUUCCGAGUACAUUCAGAAAAACACGACAAGUGGGAUAGGCAAACCUGUCCAUUCUGGUGGUAUCCUCCACCCCCAAACUUAAUUCCUCCCCCAUAAAGUUUUAUUUGGUUUUACAAGUUCGUUGACACAACUAACAUUCUUGCAAAUAUUAAAAUUAAAACAAGAUUCUGCUGAAUCUUAGGACUUCCCCUCCGUGGGUUCUUUAAAUACCUCUGUCAACUGCAUAUUACAAAUUCUUCCCAAUUUCAGUCUUCCAUAAUAUCCAAAGUCUUUGUCACAUUGCAAGAGUUAUUUAAAGCAUGCCAAAGAGUUCAAGUGUUUACAUAGUUCGUUUAGAUAUAGUCUAUAUUUAUCCCAUUCUCUAUUGAAGUUUUGAUCCUCCUGAUUUCUAAUUUCCCCGGUCAAUCUUGCCAUCUCUGCAUAGUCCAGUAGUUUCAUCUGCCAAUCCGCUUUUGUAGGUAUCUUAUCAUCUUUCCAACUCUGGGCAAGCAGUAUCCUUGCAGCAGUAGUAGCGUACAUGAACAGUCUUUUCAAUUCCUUUGGUUACAAUUCCUAACAAAAAGACUUCUGGUUUUUCAAAAAAACACAUUAUUUUAAACUUUUUUAAAAAGUUCAUUAUAUGUCAUUUCCCAGAAUUCCUUUAUCAUUUUACAAUUCCACCACAUAUGAUAGAAGGUCACCUAUCAAUUUAUGAUCUUUAUUUUUUAAAAAAAUCGUGAAAGUUUGUCUGCAAUUUAAUGUGAACUUCCCCUAAAAGAAACAUUCCAAAUGUGCACCAGCAACAAGUUGGUGAGCCCUGCAUGCUUGGUUUGACUUCACACCCAACCAGGGGUGCCAUCUCCUUGGGGCCAAGCCCUUUGGGGGGCCCUAUAUUUUGGGGGUAGGGGCUGCCCCUCCCCCAUGUCCAAGAAAUCAACAUUUGAUGAUCUCCUUCUACCAGUCCACAAUAGAAAGUGUCCUUUCAUACUGCAUCACAGCAUGGUACGCUGGUUUGACAUCAACUGAUAGGAAAUGCCUACAGAGGGUGGUGAAUACAGCACAAGAUAUUAUGGGCUGUCCCGUGAAUCUGCUGGAUGAAAUAGCGGAAGAAAGUUGCCUCAGGAGAGUGAGGAAAAUUCUCAGGGAUGAUUCACACCCUGGCCGGCACUUUCUUGAUCUCCUGCCCUCAGGCAGAAGAUAUAGAAGCAUGAUUAGUCGCACCAACAGGGUAAAGAACAGCUUCUAUCCGUGGGCUGUUAGGCUGCUGAAGGAAAAGAUAACAACAGGGCAACUGGCUUUCAGGUUUGGUGGGUGUGCGUCAGUAAACGAGGGGAAUUAAGACUAAGAGAGCUGAGUGGGGGGGUGCUCGUGUAAUCUCACUGUAUACAAGUUGUACAAGUGACAAUAAAGUAUUUCAAUUUCAAUAAAAGAAGCAUGGAGCGAAGUGGCCAGCUCCUUCUCCUGCCGUGGAGGAGAAGGAGGGUUGAAGCAGCCUUCCGCCAGUGGAAGAGGAAGCCGCCAGUUAUCGAAGCCACGAGGCCGCCAUGUUCAACUCCGCCCCCAGCUCCUCCCAAUGCCCUGACAUCACGGGCAUGACAUUGGCCUCCCCGAUUGCCCUUGCAAGCUGGCACCUCUACAUCCUACACAGUUUUGAGCAAUUAGGCAUUCAGAGUUUGCGCAUGAUGCCUAUGUAAGACAGGCUUCUCUAUACAGUGGUACCUCGGAUUAAGUACUUAAUUCGUUCCGGAGGUCUGUUCUUAACCUGAAACUGUUCUUAACCUGAAGCACCACUUUAGCUAAUGGGGUCUCCUGCUGCCGCUGCGCCACUGGAGCACAAUUUCUGUUCUCAUCCUGAAGCAAAGUUCUUAACCCGAGGUAAUAUUUCUGGGUUAGCGGAGUCUGUAACCUGAAGCGUAUGUAACCCGAGGUACCACUGUACAAGUGCAGCGUGGGUGCCACAAUUGAUGGAUUGCAUUUAUAUCCCAAUCUUUUCCCAGCAUACCAUACCUUCCAACAUUUUGCAAGAAAAAAAUGGGGCACCCCCCAUCUCCAUCGCUUGCCCCCUCCCUGCUACUGACCGCUUUGUCGCUCAUCAACUCGGCCCCUCCAUUUUCCUUUUCUCUCACCUUUGCUGUUCUGGCUUCCUGCUCAGAGGCCUAGAGCGGCCUCAGGAAGGUCGCACUAAUCCCUGCCACGUCCAGAGAUGCCGCUCAGUCUAGAGCGGCCUCCAGGAAAAAUGGAACAUCCCAAAUUGGGUGGGUUCUGUAAAUUUGGGUUGUCACAAUUAUUAUUGUUAUUAGAAUUUAUAUACCACCCUAUGCCUGGGGGUCUCAGGGCGGUUCACAGAAUAAAAUCAAGAUACAGUGGUACCUCAGGUUACAUACGCUUCAGGUUAAGUACUUAACCCGAGGUACCGCUGCAUAAAACCACAAAACAUAACAAAAAUAAAAGCGACAACCCAAUAACCCCCCCCCCCCCAAAAAACCCCCACAUUUUAAAAGGGCAUAGGAUGUCAGUCAAAUGAACCAAAGGCCUGGUUAAAAAGGAACAUUUUUGCCCGGUGCCUAAAGGUGUCUAAUGAAGGUGCCAGGCAAACUUCCCUGGGGAGAGUAUUGCACAGAUGGGGAGCCACUGCAGAGAAGGCCCCAUUCUCGUGUUGCCACCCUCCACACCUCUCGAGGAGGAGGCACGUGAAGGAGGACCUCAGAAGAUGAUCUCAGGAUCCGGGUAGGUUUAUAUGGAAAGAGGUGGUCCUUGCGGUAUUGCGGUCCUGAGCAGUUUGAGGUUUUAUAGGUCAAAACCAACACUUUGAAUGGGGCCCAGAAACUAAUUGGUAGCCAGUGCAGUCGGACCAGGAUCGGUGUAAAAUGCUCAAACCAUCUUGCUCCGGUGAGCAACCCGGCCGCUGAAUUCUGCAUUAAAUUGGGACACUUGAGGGGUUUGGCAUACCUGGUUUUCCUUUUCCUUAUUUAAUCCCCACAACAACCCACUGAGGUAGGGUAGGCUGAGAAAUAGUGACUGUGGCCCAAGGUCACCCAGUGAGCUUCAUGGCUGAGUGGUGAUUUGAACCCAGGUCUCCUAGGUCCUGGUCUGACAAUCUAAUUACUACACCACACUGGCACACUGCAUAGAGUGAGAAGGGUGAAGUAUCUUGCUUUACAAAAGACAGGUGAAAUGGAUGCCCCGCAGUCUGAAAUGUAAACUGAGUUGUGAAUUUUGGGGGAAUAAUUUUGGCACACCCCUGUAGCAGGUGCACCUCAGGUUCCGGCACCCUUCCCAUCUCAGUAACACAAAACAGCAUCAAGUUCUGUGGUGCAGCUCUGUCUUUUACGGAUUUUUGAUCCUCAACUGGAUUGAUGGGUUUUAUCAGGUAAUGGACACAGUCAGGGCUGAGGUUUUCUAUUACCUCGCAAAAUUGAAGAAACUGAUGUGUUGUUCCAAUAUAUCAGAAAAGCAACGUGCCUUCUCUUGCUUCCUUGCAAAAAUGACAGACGAGGAGGGUGGAAAAUAGUUUAGUUUUUCAAAAGUGCCAUGUGGUGUUUUUUUGCUGAACCAAGAGGAAAGAUUCCCCAGCAAACUGAAACUCUUUAAAUAGUAUUUGCACAGAAAGCACACACAGAUGGAUAGCUUCAUAUAAAGCGCCUUUAUUAUCUGGGGACUAUUGCCCUAGUAACAGCCAUCUCAUUCUCAUUCUAUAUUUACCUUCUAAUGACUAUUCUGUUACUACUCAAUUCCUACAUUUCGUAAUGCUUCCAUGCUUUCUUUAUCUCCAUGCUUUAUCGGUGUGUACUUACAUGCAUUUGGGACGCAGGUGGCACUGUGGGUUAAACCACAGAGCCUAGGACUUGCCGAUCAGAAGGUUGGUGGUUCGAAUCCCCGCAACGGGGUGAGCUCCCGUUGCUCGGUCCCUGCUCCUGCCAACCUAGCAGUUUGAAAGCACGUCAAAAUGUAAGUAGAUAAAUAGGUACCACUCUGGCGGAAAGGUAAACGGCGUUUCCGUGCGCUGCUCUGGUUUGCCAGAAGUGGCUUAGUCAUGCUGGUCGCAUGACCCAGCCAAUAAAGCGAGAUGAGCAACGCAACCCCAGAGUCGGUCACGACUGGACCUAAUGGUCAGGGGUCCCUUUACCUUACUUACAUGCAUUAACACAGCGGGGCCAGUUCAGAUGUGACAACCAUGUUGUAAAACACCAGGAGCCUUGUGUUUGCAUGCUCUGUCCCUUCCUUGUUGAAUCCUAGGCAGCUUGGGUACUUCUGUGGUGGUUUGUUUAAACCAUUGUUUCCCAUUGCACCAGAACCAGGAAACUCUGGUUUAACCGCUCUGCUUACAAACAAGGCUUUGGGUAUAUACAUUGCAAAGGGCAGUCCCUAACAUUUCUUUAAAAGAAAUGGAUGAACGAAUCUUCUGCUGGAGGUCACUAAAUGAAUUAUCGACAAAGCACACGCCAUUUUGCAGCCCAAGUCAAAGGACCAGAUGGCAACACUCACCCACGAACAAAGGCCAAGUGGACUAGCAGUUGAAUCUUCCUUGAACAACAGUGUCAAGAUAGCGUCUCUCCUUGCACUUGAGGCUGAGAUGGGGCAGGGCAGCUCAUGCAGUACACACAGUUCUGUCCUCCAGAAGGAAAGCCAGGGGAUUGAGAAGGGCUGGUGGAAAGGCUGUCAGUGUUUCCCUCCAGCAUCCACCACUUGAGGCAGUUGUCUCACUUUGCCUAAUGGUAGGGCUUGCCCUGAUCAUCACCUUGGGCUUUGUGGUAGCAAGUGAAUGGUCAGCCAUAACCAUCAAUUUUAUUAUUCUGGGCUUUUUUUCUGAUUAAAAAAACACCAAGAGAGGCACAGGAGUCUCAGGAACUGGCCAGUGGUUCUUUUGUCAGCUUCACUGAUUCAAAAAAUAGAAAACACACACACACACAAGCCCCUUCUUCACUAUACAUUUAAAGCAGUAUCAUAUCACUUUAAAAAGUAAUGGCUUCCCACAAAGAACCCUGGAGUCUGUUAAAGGUGUAAAGGUAAAGGUAAAGGGACCCCUGACCAUUAAGUCCAGUCAUGACAGACUCUGGGGUUGCAGUGCUCAUCUCGCUUUAUUGGCCGAGGGAGCCGGUGUUCAGCUUCCGGGUCAUGUGGCCAGCAUGACAAAGCGGCUUCUGGCAAACCAGAGCAGCGCACGGAAACACCGUUUACCUUCCUGCCAGAGUGGUACCUAUUUAUCUACUUGCACUUUGACGUGCUUUCGAACUGCUAGGUUGGCAGGAUGUUAAGGGUGUGGAGAGCUACACUUCCCAGAGUUCCCUAGGAAGGGAGAAUUCAUGUUCAGACACUCAGGGAACUGUUACUCAAGGAGGGGCUACAGGUUUCCUAACAACUCUCAGAACCCUUAACAAACUACACAUCCCAGGAUUCUUUGGGGGAAGCAAUUACCAUUUACAAAAACGCAAAGAAGCGUUUACGGUACCCAUGUGGAGAAAUGUAUUUGGCAGGUGCAUAAAAACCUCCCUCUUUGACUCCACUCACUUUUGCCUCUGGCCAUGCCCACCUUUAUUUAUUUGAUUUGUUUGUUUAAUAAAAUUUAUACACUGCUUGUUUAUUUUUUUUUAAAAAAACCUCAAUGUCUCUGGCCUUGCAUACCGCUGGCGCUCGGCCCUCAGUACGUCAUCCAAGAGGAAAUCCGACCUUCAAGCUGGAAAAGGUUCCCCACAACUGGAGAUUUUCUGUUGGUAUUAAACACCUUCCCUCUUUCUGUAUGUUUUUAACCUUCCUGUCUAAGCUUCGGGGAAUGAAAACAAGGUUUCUUUUUGUUGUUGCUACUGCUGCUGCUAGCAAAACUGUUCUUUUUUAAGAAGGAGGGGGGAAACGGGGAGAUUCUAAUAAUGGAACCAGUUGGAAGAGGAAGAUUAUAAUAGCCCAUCCAAUCAAGGAAGUGACAAUAGCCAAUCAGGAGAGCUGAGAAACAAGAGUGUCAUGAUUAUGCAAAUCCCUUUGUGGUGAUUGCUCUACAGCUCUCCUCAACCAAUCGGCAUUCACAAGUCCAAAUCAGAGAAUUAAAGAAAGGAGAAAUGUGGAGCAGGAGCUUACAGUAGCAGUUCUAAAACUGAGUUUUGGGCCCUCAACCCUGAGCUAAUGAGUUGAUGCAGGUCUGAUGAGACCAAACAGUGUAUUUUCUUAACCGGUUUUUAAAGUAGUUUGGUUUAAGUAAACAUUUUUUGAUUUAUACACCCAGAUAAUCCAAAUUCCACCUCAAGGAAAGGGUCCUUCUGUGGAGAAAUUAUGCAGGAGAUCUCAGGGCCAGCUUCAAUCCCCAGCAUCACCAGGUAAGACUCAGAAAGAUCCUGGUCUGAAAGCCUGCCUGGAGAGCUGCUGCCAGUCAGUGCAGACUCUACCGAGUUAGUUGGACGAAUUGUCUGACUCUGUGUAAGACAGAUUCCUGCAUUCCUAACCUGAAUGCACUUUGCAAAUUGAGAAAUACAAGUGAUAUCUCUUGUUUUCCAUCAAUCCUUCUGCAAGUUUUGUUGUUGUUUAGUCGUUUAGUCGUGUCCGACUCUUCGUGACCCCAUGGACCAGAGCACGCCAGGCACUCCUGUCUUCCACUGCCUCCUGCAGUUUGGUCAAACUCAUGCUGGUAGCUUUGAGAACACUGUCUACCCAUCUCGUCCUCUGUCAUUCCCUUCUCCUUGGGCCCUCCAUCUUUCCCAACUUCAGGGUCUUUUCCAGGGAGUCUUCUCUUCUCAUGAGGUGGCCAAAGUAUUGGAGUCUCAGCUUCAGGAUCUGUCCUUCCAGUGAGCACUCAGGGCUGAUUUCCUUCAGAAUGGAUAGGUUUGAUCUUCUUGCAGUCCAUGGGACUCUCAAGAGUCUCCUCCAGCACCAUAAUUCAGAAGCAUCAAUUCUUCAGCGAUCAGCCUUCUUUAUGGUCCAGCUCUCACUUCCAUACAUCACUACUGGAAAAACCAUAGCUUUAACUAUAUAACCUUUGUUGGCAAGGUGAUGUCUCUGCUUUUUAAGAUGCUGUCUAGGUUUGUCAAUGCUUUUCUCCCAAGAAGCAGGCGUUUUAAUUUCGUGGCUGCUGUCACCAUCUGCGGUGAUCAUGGAGCCCAAGAAAGUAAAAUCUCUCACUGCCUCCAUUUCUUCCCCUUCUAUUAGCCAGGAGGUUGUGGGACCAGUGGUCUGCAAGUUUUACUAUUUCAUAAUUUAGAACAGAUUGCUAGAUAAAUCAUUGGACCCCCUCAAGGAUCAUUCACUGGUAACUGUAUACCUAUCUUAGGUUUUUUGUUUUAUCGGAAUCUGCAGUUCUCAAGGACCUGAAUUCUGCAUUUUUCUGCUACUCCCAUGGAAUUGAGGCUAACUACCCAGAGUCCUGGAUGAUACAUUUCCAUAAUGAUCUUAGCUAUGUACGCUGUCGCCAGAUCUGGCCAGAUGUCCCCAGUGCAAAGCAUACUUCCCCAUGAAGCCAUUGCUGUUCUCCUGAAGGUAAGCCCACAACUAAAAACUCUGAAAUUUAACUCUGAGUCAACACUGUUUGUUUAAUUAGAGCAACUUAUUUCGGAGCAGCCAUUUAAUCAUUUCUCAAGUCGCUAGCACGACCCAGAAUCGCCCAUGUGUUUUCCAAGGUGUAAUUAUUCAACAUGACUGAGUAGUCUUUUCUGGUGGCUGAGAAUGAGAAUCAAGGCAGCAACAUCCCAUUGGUCCAUCUAGCUCAGCAUGGAUUACACGGAUUGGCAGAAGCUCUCAGGGGUGUUCAGACAGUGUCCUCUUCCAGCCCUACUUGGAGAUGCCUGAAAAAGCAAUGCAGUGGUACCCUGGUUCUCAAACUUAAUCUGUUCUGGAAGUCCGUUCUAAAACCAAGGCGCACUUUCCCAUAGAAAGUAUUGCAAAAUGGAUUAAUCCAUUCAAGACAUUUAAAAACAACCCCUAAACAUGAAUUUUGCUAUCUAAGGAGACCAUUGGUCCAUAAAAUGAAAGCAAUAAUCAAUGUACAGUACUAUAAAAUAAAGAAGACAGUAUUGUAGAUGAUAAAAAAUAAAAUUCUUAUUAUUUUCUUACCUGCACUGAUGACAGUCAUUGUUUGGAUGGGGGCUUUUAUCCAUUUCCGCAGUCACACAAUCAAUCAGUAGCUGAACUGGGUUCCACACAGUCACAAAAACAAAUUAACCAAAAAAGCCUCAAAAACAAAAAUGCAAAAUAAAUAGCUAAAACAAAAGCGCCUAACUUAAUCCAUUCCGGAAGUCCGUUUGACUUUUGAAAUGUUCAAAAACCAAGGCGCAGCUUCUUAUUGGUGCAGGUGCCCCGGAAACAAUAGCCGACAGCUGCAUCAGAUGUUUGACUUCCAAAAAACGUUUGAAAACUGGAACACUUACUUUCGGCAUUUGGGAACCAAGGUGUUUGAGAACCAAGGUACCACUGUACAGAAUACAUAAGAAUUUAAAGCAUAUGUGAAGUUUCAAUACAGCCCAGAGAAGCUUGGACCCAGACCAAGCUAGAUGCCCCUGGUUCCCAUUGAAAUCAAUGGGACUAAGUCACGGAUAACUUGCCCCGGUGAAUUCAACUAGACCUAAAUGCUGCCAAGUUAAUCUGGAUCCAAGCCAGAAUGAACUGAUGGUUCCUGUAGGUCUGGGACAGGACACCUGUGGCCCUGCAGAUGUUGUUGGACUCCCCAGUCACCUGUCCAAGGGUCAGGGAUGAUGGGAGUUACAGCCCAACAUCACCCAGAAGGUCACAGGUUCCCCUUCCUUGCUGCAGAUGAAUGACAUGGAGAUUCCAGAGCCAGUGAAGCAAGGCAGAGCUGGAUCAGAGUCAAAACUGUUCAAGCAAAGCACCUUGCCAGCUAAUGAUAAUCCUUGGCUGGCCUGAAACCAAUCUAUUAUAUCGUAUUGCAGUGCAUUUGAUAUAUUUCAGGGUAGACUCAUUUCUCCUGCUUAUCCAAUACCUAGAGCUGUCAGUGACUGGCAUACUGUGCCUGUUGUGCCAGGCGGCGCCACCAGCCAGGUUUGCAGCCUGCAGGUAGCAUGCAGAGAACAGAGGAUGCUAAGCUAAGUCUCUCCUAGCACAUUCCUUGCCCUGCUGCUGCACAACAGCCCUGCAGUGCUGCCUGCUGGGCCUUGCUACCCAGUAGCAGCCACCGCCACCCUCUCACUCAACUCUCACAGCCCAGAUGGGAAAGGACUGGGCUGCACGGAAGCAAUUACUUAAAAUAAAAAAGCUCUAUGCCAGGCAUAGGCAAACUCGGCUGUCUUCCAGCUGCCUUAUCCCAUCCAAGAGAUCAAAGCAGCUUGCGGACCCCAACCAACUUCAAUAAUAAUAAUAAUAAUAAUAAUAAUAAUAAUAAUAAUAAUUUAUUAUUUAUACCCCGCCCAUCUGGCUGGCUUUCCCCAGCCACUCUGGGCGGCUUCCAACACAAUAUUAAAAUACAGUAAUGCAUCCAACAUUAAAAGCUUCCCUAAACAGGGCUGCCUUCAGAUGUCGUCUAAAAGUCUGGUAGGUGUUGUUCUCUUUGACAUCUGGUGGGAGGGCGUUCCACAGGAUGGGUGCCACUACUGAGAAGGCCCUCUGCCUGGUUCCCUGUAACUUGGCUUCUCACAGUGAGGGAACCGCCAGAAGGCCCUCGGCGCUGGACCUCAGUGUCCGGGUAGAACGAUGGGGGUGGAGACGCUCCUUCAGAUAUACUAAAGCCCAGGAACUCUGAGACCAAUGCCCCCUGAGUUUCCCAGAGAACUCCCUCCCAGUUUGCUCAGCGUGUAAAGGCAGCCCAUGCUCCCCGAGCCUCUCCCAGAGUUCAGAAGAACAUGCUGGUUUAUUACGACUCUGCCCUUAAACAUUUCGUAGAAUGGAUUCCAAGCGUCAAGACAAGUGGGGAUGAUCAGCUUCCUGGUGGCAUGGGAAAUCUGGCCCAGAUCUGGUGCAAAGGACAAAGCUGUAAGGGUGGCUCCACUUUUAAAGGCUCUUUUCCCUCUCCGUGGAGGGAGUGGCCUCUGGCUUUUUCUGACCACAGUCAAUUUACCAUGGAUGCCAUUUCUACCAGGCAGGCAUCCUAAGUACCCUUGUUCAUUUGAACAGAACUGGUGGGAGAUACACGAUUGCGUGGCUUAGAUAAAUGGUGGGGGCAGGAGACCAUGCCAGAUGCACAUGGCUGGGAAACAAGGUCACAUACCACUACUCCCACUUCAGAAUCCUGGAAACAAAGUCAAAUUAGGUUCCUGUAAGCAGAGGGUAGUUCCAUAUACCGUAUUUUUGCUGUAUAAGACGCACCAGACCAUAAGACGCACCUAGUUUUUGUAGGAGGAAAACAAGAAAAAAAAUAUUCUGAAUCCCAGAAACCAGAACAGCAAGAGGGUAGCGGAAUGAAGGCUCCCCCGCCCUCAAGAUGCUUCAUGCGGCUGAGCCAGAAGCCAGGACAGCAAGAGGGGUCGCUGCGUAGUGAUUCCUCUAGCUGUCCUGGCUUAUGGGAUAGCCGCGCGCAGCCUCUCCCAGGCAGCGGGAUGAAGGCUCCCCCAAGAGCCGUGCUCCCUUUAAAGAGUGCAUGGAGCGUGUGUGCGGCUCUUGGGGGCUUUUCCCCGAGGAAGGAGAAGGGCAGCCCCCAAGAGCCGCACACAUGCUCCAUGCAGCUCUUUAAAGGGAGCGCUGAGCAGAGCCUCCCACCUGCAUUCGCUCCAUAAGACGCACACACAUUUCCCCUUACUUUUAGGAAGGGGAAAGUGUGUCUUAUAGAGCGAAAAAUACGGUAAGUGAGGUCAAGCAAAGCCGUGCUCAGGAUCCAAAAGGCAAGAGAGCAAGGCAGGUAGCACCCUGGACAGCUCCGAAGAGGGCCUAGCCAACAAAACAAGGCCAGUUUGAGUAUGACUCCAGCAGGCGACCAAACCAAGCCUUGGCUGUAAGUAGGACUGCAGAUCUUGAUGACUGAAACUUCUACCCCUAUCAAGGGACCCAGCCUAUUUUAGUACCAUUGACUCCAGUGGCGAGGAGGAGGCUGUGGUUCUGCUAUUUCUUCUGAAGUCCACAGUAAACAAUGCAACCACCGACACCAUGUGGUGUUAGAACUCCUGAAGAAGCAGGGGCAUUGAAGACUAGUUCUGAAGGUCCAGUUUGCCUCCUGGUCUGAAGCACUGGAGAGCUUCUGCCAGUCACUGUAGGUGGACCAUGGCAGCUGUGUAAGGCAGCUUCCUAUGGUCCUAAACACUCUAUGAAGACAGGCUGUAGCUCAGUGGUGGAGCAUCUGUUUUGCAUGCAAGAGGUCCCAGGUUCGGUCCCCAGCGUCUCCAGGAAGGGCUAGGCAAGACUCCCCAUCUGAAAUCCUAGAGAGCUGCUGCCAGUCAGUUUAGACAACACUGAGCUAGAAGGACCAGUCGUCUGACUUGUAUAAGGCACUCUGCAAUGUAAGUUGGUCAAAGAUGUCCUCUGUUUGCAUGGCCUCUUCUCCUGAGGAUAGGGAAUCAGAGCCCCGGCUCAUGACUGACUUGGCAUCACUCAAAUUGCAAAACAACCUAUAAAAUAAUCCGUUGAGAAUUCAAGAGGUGAUCCCUCCUGCAGACCUGCAAAUCCCUUGGCAAGAACCUAUAAUUUUAAAAAUCCAUUUCCCCCAUAAGCAACAGCAAUCUCCUCAUUUCCCUGAUGCAGGUCCCAUGAAAAACCCUGCCGAUGCGAAACAGAACGUGUUGUUAAGCCAACCCUUCGCCAAUCAGGCUUAUGGCAUUGUCUUGGAUGUCCCUGGGAAGAGGAAACAUGACCGAGGGAUGAAUUAAUAUUUCUGUUCAAUUAAGCGGACUUCGAAGGAUGUGCACCAUUUUUAAAAGUUUAUUGGAUGUCACAUUUUAAUGAACUGAAAGGCCACAUUGUACAGUAACUUUGUAAAAGAAAGGCAUCAUUACAUCUGACAGUUACCAAAUGCCCCACUUAAAUUAAAACAGAUGCAAUCUAAACCUGGGAAGGAUAGAGACAUCCUUCUUGCCUUACUCUUUUAAGUAAACUGGAUGAUUUCCAUAUGGUGGUCCUGACCCAGCAAGAAUUUGGUGUGAACCACAUCCCAUGGCAAGCCAUGGGACCAAAGUUAUUUACAAUUCUAAUUUCUUGAAUUAGUUGCGAUGGAACAUUUAUUGUGACCAGCUGAGUCAAGUGCAACCCUUAAAACACACUAAGAGAAGUAGGAUCGGUUCUAAACAGUCUGUUGACUUUAUUAAUUUUCACAGUACCCUUUCGUUGUGUAUAUAACCAUUUUAUUUAUAAGGCAUAAAUACAAAAAGAAAUAACGCUCAUCAUUAUUAUUUUAAGUAAUACCAUCUAGUACAUUUUUUUUCUCAGUCACACUAAGGAUUAUAAUGUACCUAUAGCUGCAUUAUUAUUAGUAGUAAUAGUAGUAGUAGUAGUAGUAUCUCCAUAUAAAAGUCUAUAAUGUAGAAUACAGUUUAUAGCAUUUUUGUUAAAAUAACUGUUACACAAGAUUGAACACAGUAUAGUUUGCCAGCUACUGCUGCCAGAUUAUUUCUACUAUACAAAAAAUAAUAAGGAUCCACCUUCCCUGAAUUUCAACGCUCGCAGUGAGCUUGAAUCACACUACAACUCUUUAAAUUUCACCACCCUGAUCCAGCAAAGGAAAUCUGCACAAGUGUGCAGAUGCCUGCAUAUUUAGUCAACAUGAGUGCAACCCCCCUCACCUGUAUCAUGAUGUUCAUAUAUUCCCUUCUGAAGUGAUUGGAGGAAUUUGAAAGGGGAGAGGUAUCCCCAUCUGGGGCCGUAAUUUGUUAUGCUAAUUGCCCACAGGUGUAGCUGGAUCAGAAGCGGCAACCUUUUUUUUUAAGGGAAUUGGGGAGGGGGAAUCAAAAUAUUGCUUGAUAGACCCAGAGAAAUGCCCUUGAAGUCGAUGCAUAUAUGUCCUGGAAGCUUGUUAAUAGGGCGUAGAGACAAGAUGGGAAGCUGGCCACUGAUGGGACAUUGACGGACAUGGCUUCUACAAUGGACUAGAUGAAGCAGCUGGAUGAGUGCCGCUGCAAUAUUCUGAUAUUUAAAACACCGUCCAUGCAACCCCUUUUGCCACAAGCCAACUGCAACGCGGAGCAAGAAAACCUCCCUGAUCAACCCCUAUGUUCGGGGCUGGGUCCAAGAUGCAGUGCACCGACAUUCAAGGGGAGGCCUAUGUCUUGUGCUACAGUGAUUAUGCACAAUGACUGCAAUUGUGGUUGCAGUCACUGGUCACUUCCAGACAACCUGUUGAUUGAGCCUUCAUCCCGAUUUGUUUGCAGAACCUUAGCAGGGAGGUUAUAUGGGGGUGUUAUAGGGUUGUUCUUGUUUUUUAUUUCGAUCAUGUAUUUUGUGUUUUUAUAUUGUGAUUUUAUUCUGUGAACUACCCUGAGACCUGCAGGUAUAGAUAGGGUGGCAUACAAAUUUUAAUAAUAAUAAUAAUAAUAAUAAUAAUAAUAAUAAUAAUAAUUGCCAGCAGAUGUCAAGGCAAUAAACAACUAUUUUACUUUUAAAAGACAACUGAGGGAGGCCCUGUUUAGGGAAGUUUUUAAUGUCUGAUGCUGUAUUGUUUUUAAUAUUCGGUUGGAAGCCGCCCAGAGUGGCUGGGAAAACCCAGCCAGAUGGGCGGGGUAUAAAUAAUAAAUUAUUAUUAUUAUAUUAUAUUAAAUAAUAAAAAUAAAAAUAUGAUGCCAGUGGCUUCUUGAUCACUCUUUCCCAUUUGUUUGUGGCGAGGCUAUAUAAGGCAAACAAUCGUUACCCCACACUUCCGAGCACAUUUCGCCAUCGUGGACCUUCCUACAAAAAGUUUGUGUGUGUGUGUUUUAAAUGGAAAUGGGUUUGUUGAGGAAGAGCACCAAAUUCACUUCAACCGCUGAACCUGAAUUGGUCCAGAAGUGGCCAGUGUCUCUGGCAAAACUUCUUGCUGAGUCGGUUACAAUGCUCUGGCACAUACAACUUGCAAGGCCAUCUCAUGGAGGACGAGCUGCGCUACACUCCCUGCCCACGACCCAUGUGUGAGCUAGGGGAUCUAUGACAGCGCCCCAUUCCCUUGACUCCUUUUUAGUGCGUGUAUGUCAGAAAUUGUGCAAGCAGCACCCUCCACAAAACCAGCCUUCCCCAUGGAACACCCUGUUUAUGUAUCAUCUGAGCAGCAGAGGGGAUUUAGGAAACAAUCCACACCCACUAUACAAAGGUCUGCAAAUUUGCAGGAACCUGGCAGCAUUUUCACUUAGAUUACAGAAUAGCAUCUUCUGAAGUAUAUAUUGCAUGAAUAUCAAUGUUUCCCAUUUGUGCUUAAGACCUGGGUCCUUAAUAUAAGCACCCAGUAGCUGACUAUUUGGAGAACUAAAAAAAAUAAAUAAAAAUCCCUUGGCAGAAUUUGCAGUUUUCGGCUACUUAACGCUGGAAUAAAGCAAUUGAUUUCGAUGGGAGCAAACUUACAGGGUCUCUCCAAGCCAACUGGCCUAGCCUUUGCUGGUGUCUUUUCAUCUGUGGUAGCUACUGCCACGUCACAACUCUGGCCAUGUACGAAAUCCACCGGAAAGUAAGUGGCCAGAAUUUGUAUACCAGUGAUCAGGUCAGGAGGCUGUCUGUUCCACUGGCAAUUGACCCUAUUCAAGGCCACUGUUUGCCUCUGCUCUGUGCCAUUGUGGCAAGGGCCAAUUUAAGUGGCACAGCCACUCUGUGGGUCUUGCUGGAAAUGUGCCACACGGCAUGUUACGUUACAAACCCGAAUACACCAACGGCCACUAGGGAGGCACCAUCCUGGCAUAGAGGUGUUGCACGAGUCUGGGCUGAUGCCCAAGUAUUUCAACAUGGCAGGCGCCGUGGGCAUUAUGCCCAGGAAGAUGCACUUUUGAACAACCUCCGCAUGACAGCCAGCUAACAUUUACAAUGAAUUUUCCAAAACAGCAAAACGCCAAAAUGAAAUAG